CUCAUAUCUUGGAGAGUAUGUUUGCAGCCCGUUGUGGGAUAGUGUGUCCCUCCGGCCAGAAGUGAGUGUACCAGUGCUUGGCGAUCUCGCGCCUCCGGCACACCCACACCCCCUCGUGCUUGCCAAUGUACUCCAGGAACCGCUGAAGGCCGACCAUGCGGCCGGGGCGACCUGCACACACAGUAGAGCCAUACAGGCGACACACGCUGACACAGAGAUGGAAGAAAUGGUGCGGGGGCGGUUUGUACUCACCGACGAGUCUGCAGUGCAGUCCGAUGGACAUCAUCUUUGGUGCCGUCUUGCCCUCCUCAUACAGAUAGUCGAACGCAUCCUGGCCGGCGGGUGAGGUGACAUGCAUGAAGCAGAAACAGCAGCGAGGGAGGGAGGGAAUGCGAUGCGGGGGGUGCGGUGCGGUGCGGGUCAAUCUGUCUGUCUGUGUGGCUGUCUGUGACCUGCCUUUCUCUUCAAACUCACCUUGAGAUAGAUGAAGAACUGCUCGCUCGUGUGAAACCCCUGACCACCAAUCCAAUCCAAUCCGUGCAUGCAGAGAUCCGAUCCAGACAGACAGCCGCACAGACAGACACAGACACCCCCUCCUCCCUCCCUCGCAGGGCAGGGCCGGGCAGGCCCGGCCUACCCACAUGUCUAUCUAUCGAUCACAUAUCCCUCCCUCCCUCCCUACCUCCCGACGUACCUGUGCGGUAGCGAAUUUCAUGUCGUUGUUGUCUAGUGUGUAUGGAAUGAUGAGAUGCGGCCGUCCGUAAUCCAGGUUCCAGUACGGCAGAUCAUCGCUGUAGGCGUCGUUGUCAUAGAGGAACCCGCCCUCCUCCACCACAUAUCGCCGCGUGUUCUGGUUGGGCUUGCCCUGACCAGACCGACCAAUCAAUGCAUUCAUUCAGUCACGGACAGACAGACAGACAGACAGACAGACCGACCGACAGACAGGUACGCGCAAACACACAUCACACAUCCAUGUGUGACGUGAUCCAUGCAUAGCAUAACGCGCCCCUUGCCUGGUACAUGCCACAUGGCCUCUCGCCGGUGAUGCUUUCCUGGAUGGCCACGCACUUCUGGAUGUGGUCCCGCUCUGUGGCCUCGUCGACGUGCUGGUAGUCAAUCCACCGGUGACCAUGCGAUGCGAUCUCCCAGCCAGAUGACACCUGCACCCCCCAUACAAACAAACGGACUGACACGUAGGUAUACACACGGCACGGCAGCAAUAGCAGCUCCUCACCCACCAUUGCUUUGGCGGCGUCCGGGUUGUCUUGGAGAGCCUUCGAGCAUGCAUAGACUGUGACAGGCAUGCCGUACUGAUUGAAGAGCCGGUGGAGGCGCCAGAAGCCCGCCCUGCUACCAUACUCGUACAGGCUCUCCAUGUUCAUGUGGCGCUGGCCCUCGUAGGGCGCCGCACCCACGAUGUCACUCAGAAGAUGCUCGCUCUGCUUGUCACCAUUCAGCAGACAGUUCUCCGCACCUGCACGCGGGAACCACACCAACAUUAAUGCAUUGCUCCCAGCUGGCUAGCACCUCUGCAUUGCAUACGUACCUUCUUCAUAGUUGAUGACGAAGCUGACGGCCACCCUGGCGCUGCGCGGCCACUUGGGGUGGGGCGGGUGCUGCCCAUAGCCAACCAAAUCACGCGGAGGACCCUCAUUUGAAGCCAUGAAUCAGACCUGUGCAGAACGCUCUCUGCAGAAGAUGCGAAGCGAAUCGAAGAUAGAUCUGCCUUUAAAGAGGGAAACCUGGG